CAUGCGUGUGUGCGACAGUGUCCAGGGCUGGGUAUCAUGGCGACGUACGUGGACAUCCUGAAGAGCGAGUUUCCAGAGAUAGACACGGAGGUAUUCGACUACAUCACGGGAGUGCUGGACAGCUGUGGAGGAGACUUUGAGGAUGGAGAGGAGGUCUACGAGGCCGUCGGAGGCGUGCUGCAGGAGGUGUCUGCUGACCGUAAAAACGAGGACGACGUCAGAGACAUCUGUCUCCAGAUGUUCAACACCCUCAAACUGAAUAACCAUCAUGGCACUCAGAGGCAGGUGUUGCUGGACACUCCAGUUCAGCUCUCUCAGAUAUCUGCAGAUAACGUUUGUGCAGCAGACGAUGUUCAAGGUAUCUGGAUGAUGAAGCGUGGUCAGAACACAACAGUGGAUGCCAAGAAACUGGAGAAGGCCGAGGCCAAGCUGAAAGCUAAGCAUGACCGCCGGAACGAGAAGGACUGUCUGAAGCCCGCCACUCCACUAGUGCUGGAGGAGGCGUCGGCCAGUCAGGCCAGCAGUAAAAAGGAGAACCGAGUCGAUCAAUCGGGGAAGAACCGCGGCUACGACAUCCGCAUCGAGAACUUUGAUGUUUCGUUUGGAGAAAGGUGUUUACUUCAGGGGGCGGAGCUGUCUCUGGCGACGGGCCGGCGGUACGGUCUGAUUGGUCGGAACGGUUUGGGGAAGACGACGCUGUUGAAGAUGCUGGCGAGUCGUAACCUGCGGGUCCCGGCUCACAUCUCCAUCCUCCAUGUGGAACAGGAAGUGGCAGGUGAUGACACGGGGGCGCUGCAGAGCGUCCUGCUGAGCGACACGUUGAGAGAAGGCCUGCUGGGCGAGGAGAAGACGCUCAACGCUCGCAUCGCCAACGGAACGUCUGAUGGGAUGGAGAGCGCCAGACUGUCUGAGAUCUACGGAAAGCUGGAGGAGAUCGAGGCGGACAAAGCUCCGGCUCGAGCCUCCGUCAUCCUGGCCGGUCUUGGAUUCUCUCCCAAGAUGCAACAGCAGACUACCAGGGAAUUCUCAGGAGGAUGGAGGAUGAGGUUGGCUUUGGCCAGAGCUCUGUUUGCUCGGCCGGACCUGCUGCUGCUUGAUGAGCCGACCAACAUGCUGGAUGUGAGAGCCAUUCUGUGGCUGGAGACAUACCUGCAGACGUGGCAGUCCACCAUCUUGGUCGUCUCCCACGACAGGAACUUCCUGAACGCCGUGGUAACCGACAUCGUCCACCUGCACUCCCAGAGGUUGGACAGUUACCGUGGAGACUACGAGAACUUCAUCAAGACCAAAGAAGACCGUCUGAAGAACCAGCAGAGGGAAUACGAGGCCCAGCUGCAGUACAGACAGCACAUACAGGUGUUUAUUGACAGAUUUCGGUACAACGCUAAUAGAGCAGCUCAGGUCCAGAGCAAACUGAAACUGCUGGAGAGGCUACCUGAGCUGAAGCCCCUUGAGAAAGAAAUUGAGGUCACUUUAAGGUUCCCAGAUAACUUUGAGAAGUUGUCUCCUCCCAUCCUGCAGCUGGACGAAGUGGAGUUCUAUUACACUCCAGACCGCCCUCUCUUCUCUGGACUCAACGUGUCCGCUGACCUUGAGUCUCGCAUCUGCAUCGUCGGUGAAAACGGCGCCGGUAAAACGACUGUCCUCAAACUGCUGAUGGGCGAGUUGACGCCGGUGGGCGGAGUCAGACAAUCUCACAGGAACCUGAAGAUCGGGUACUUCAGUCAGCACCACGUGGACCAGCUGGACCUGAACGUCUGCUCCGUGGAGCUGCUGCUCAACCGCUUCCCCGGUCGGACGGAGGAGGAGUACCGCCACCAGCUGGGGGGGUACGGGAUCACCGGGGAGCUGUCCACCAGGCCGGUGGCCAGCCUGUCAGGAGGACAGAAGAGCCGUGUGGCCUUCGCACAGAUGACCAUGCCAUGUCCAAACUUCUACAUCCUAGAUGAGCCGACGAAUCACCUGGACAUGGAGACCAUCGAGGCUCUGGCUAAAGCCCUCAACAAGUUCAGAGGCGGAGUCGUCCUGGUGUCCCACGACGAGCGUCUGAUCCGGCUGGUGUGUCGGGAGCUGUGGGUGUGCGAAUACGGGAAAGUCGGACGCAUUGACGGCGGCUUUGACGAGUAUCGAGACAUCCUGCACGAGCAGUUCAGGAAGGAGGGGUACCUGUGAGGCCACGCCCACCCUUCUUUUACAACAUCCUGUCUCAGCAGCCAAUCAGCCGUCGGAGCAGACCGGAGGACGUUUUCUUCACUGAACUGUCUCACCUGCUGCAAGCCGAUUGGUCGUUUCUGUUCACCUGGUGAGGUCACAGUGAACUCUGGAGGGGAAGGAGUCAUCACCACCCAUUUGGAGUUUAUUUAAAAGUCACAUUAAACCUGUUUUUUGUUUUGUAUCCUUGGACUCUUAUCAAUUUUAAAUGAUCCAGCAUCAUAGUUCCAUUCAGACUCUAACCUAAUAAAAUAUCAGAUCAA